ACGUCGGUCUUAAAUGAACGUCAUGGUCAGCACAUUAUUGUGUUGUCAUUUUCACGACAUGGUAAAGGCUACACAACACAUCUACAUGGAACAACCGGGCCAGGUGCAAAGUUUUUAACCGAGACAGAAUCAGGAAAAAUAGUAGAAAAGCUAUAUGAUAAUUUUAUGCGACAUAAGUAG